CAGGAGUACCUGCAGCACAGGAACUCCAGAGUCCGCGAGGAAGUGGUCAACAUCUGCAUCGUGGCUCUCCUCACUCACCCCAGCCAGGAGCUGGACUUGGCCAGGCUGGCGUUCGGGCUGGCUCCGGCGCUGGUGGACAGCAAGCGCAGGGUCCGACACGCCGCCUUGGAGGCGUUUGCUGUGCUGGCAUCUUCCAUGGGCCCUGGAGAAACCACCCUCCUCUUCCAGGCGGUGGAUGCUGUAGAACUGGAGGAGAACGGGGAUGGGGUGAUGCACGCCGUGCAGGCCAGGCUGGCCAGGAAGACCUUGCCAAAGCUGGUAGCCCAUGGGUUUGUGGAGUACGCUGUGCCCUUGCCAUCAUCUGGUCAUACCAGAGGGUCCUGUUUGCCCCCCGGAGCAGACACAGACUGGUUGCUGAUGGGCAGCAGGACUCAGAGUGCACACAGUUACUGUGGGUAUCACCCUGGGGACGAUGCUCUGCAGAACUCCAGCUCACACGGGGAUCAAGGAGUAACUCCAAGGAGAGUCCUGAGCGCGGGCAAGGGGAAAAACAAACUGCCCUGGGAACAGGAGCGUGCUGGAGAGGGGGACGGUGGCUCGGGAGUCAGCAUGCUUCUCACAAGGGGUGUGGAGCAGUUCUCUACGUCCAAUGAUUUUCUUCACUCUCCAAAGUUAAGGCCCUCUCAAGGAAUGCCAGUCAGUGACGAGGUAUUUUUUAGUAGAAAAAGAGCUUCAAGGAAUUUAUUUCAGAAUAGUCUAGAUUUUAACUCUGAGCAUUCUUCCGUUUGUGCUGGUGCUAUGGGAUCUCAUCAGCCACAGAUUUCAGGGAAAUGUGGAGCGCUUGGAUACACACAGACAUGUGGGAAGAGUGGUAGUGUGGACUCUGAUUUACAAUUUUUAGGAUUAAAUAACUGUCAGCAAGACAAAGUUUGUGCCAGCCUAAAUUUUUCCAGCAAGACCCAGAGAAGUUAUUGCAAUCAAGCAGAGCAUACAGUGUCCUUCCAAGCUCCUAGUGCAAGCCAGGGGACCUUCAUUCUGCCGUCUUACCCUCUGUCAUCACCCAAGAACAGCCCAAAGCACAUCUCCUCUCCAAAUGACUCUCCAAAGAAGUCCCAAGAUAAUACCAUGAACUUCUCAAACUCCUGGCCUCUUAAAAGCUUUGAAGGACUGCUUAAGCCUGGUUUGCAGAAGCAGCUUCUCAGUCAAAAGGCAGGAGACCAUACAGGGGAGAAUUUGCAGGAGAAACAUUCUCCUCUGCUGAAACCCACCCUGGUGAGACACCCAGCCUCCUGCAGGGGCCUGAACGGGACCAGACCCGUCCCCCCCAUUCCCCGCCUCGCCAGCCCACUGCCCGAUAAGAUUGAAUUGAACCUGACGAAGCGGAGGAGUGACGAGUGUGAGGACACGUGGCUGAACGAAGUGGAUAGGAAGCUUGCAGCUGAUCUUUCUGAGCUAAGUGUUGAUGGCGAGGAAGUGGACCAAGAAGAGAUGCAGAAUUCACUCAGAUCUCUACGGAACAGCGCAGCUAAGAAGAGGGCAAAGCUAAGCGGCAACUUCUCAGAUCUUGAAAGUCCCGAUUCUGCUCUUAAACUUGAUGUGUCUGUGGAUUCCUCCUGCCACGCUUCCUCCCCGAGCGUGGGGUCCUGCAGCGAAAGCGGAGUUUACAGCCAGGAGUCUCUGACUUCACCUCUGUCCACAGGCCCCCAGAGGAGGAGAAUGACGUCAGACACCUUUCCACUACUUGGCGAUAAAUCACAACCUGCAGGAGUAUCUUCAGCAAGAAACCGAGACCCACAUGUGGCAGAACAUGACUUCAGCACAGGUAUUUCACUGGGCUUUCCAGGGACUUCUAAUGUUACCAUAGUUGGCCAACGUUUGAACUGUGGCAGCGGCUGUGGAGAUGAUGAAGACAAGAAGCCAGAAGAGUCUCGUGCUAUUUUUAAAAGUCACAAUACGGAACAGCAAAGAAAUUUUAAACGUUCAAAAGGUCUUGCGGAGUCAACAUCUAGUUUUCCACAGAUGAACAAUCCAGAUUUCAUUUCACCAAGUGUCCUGUCUGAAGAUGGAGUUGUAAUUGUUGGUAAAGGUGUUUUUGGAAGUCCUCCUGUACCAACACACAGCCAGUCCAUAAAGUGUCUAGCGAAUGGAGACGAGCUGGCUGCCAAAGAGGAGUCCGAGCCAUCACCGGGGAUCUGUGGGAGAAGCAUCCAGCAGAGCAGUGUGUCUCAUCUCCAUGCUGAACAUGAAAGAGAGGUAAAAGUUUCCAUGUCAAAAUCUGCCCAGGAUAAGGUGAGGAGGAAGAAAAAAGAAGAAAAAGAACACAAUCAUAAAGAACAUCAGGAAGUCAGAGACCUCGAAGAAAAAGAAGAAAACCCUUGGGAAAGACUUAAACUGAAUGAAGCAGAGAAAAUGGCAACAGAAAAGUUAAAUCUCUGUGGAGAUAUAUUAACCUCGUCAAGAAACGUGUCUUUGUCAUUAGAAAAUGUGGCCUUGAAUCUUUCAUUAAAGAGAACGUCCAGUUUGAAGAAGACAAAAUGCUCAGGCUUGCUGGAUUCUGAUGAAAUUUCUUUUGGGGCACGAGGAUGCUAUAAAGACCGGACCCCAUCGGUCACUCACAGCCCAGAAAUAAUGGACCAGUCAGAGCUGCAGCCCUUUUCAAAGCCAGACACAGCACUGACAGAAGCCUUGAUGCUUUUAGCUGAUGAUGACUGGGAGAAGAAAAUUGAAGGUCUGAACUUUGUUAGAUGUUUGUCUGCCUACCAUGCGACUGUUCUGACUGCAAAGCUGCAUGAAACAAGUUUGGCUGUGGCACAAGAGGUCAAGAAUUUACGCUCAGGUGUUUCUCGAGCUGCUGUGGUCUGUUUAGGGGAUUUGUUCACCUACCUGAAAAAGAGCAUGGAUCAAGAACUAGAUAAUACAGUAAAAGUCCUUUUGCACAAAGCUGGUGAAUCCAACACAUUUAUAAGGGAAGAGGUAGACAAGGCACUGAAGGCUAUGGUUAAUAAUGUGACUCCAGCACGUGCACUUUGUUCUCUUAUAAAUGGAGGGCAAAGCCACCUGCAUUCAGCGGUGAGGAGAUGCACAGCCCAGCACCUGUCAGACAUUGUAGAACGGAUGGGACCGGAGCGGAUUCUGUCUGGGACCAAAGCUGUCGCUGAUCGGAUUUUCCCUGCAAUAGCCAAGUUUGCACAGGAUAGUUCACAACAAACAAGGUAUUACGGGAGAAGGAUGCUCUUCAGCAUGAUGACUCAUCCUGAUUUUGAUAAAACACUUGAAAAGUAUGUGCUGACCAAGGAUUUGCCUUACAUUAAGGAAUCUGUUAGCAAUCUACGUGAAAAGGGUUUGGGGGAGAUGCCGUUAGAUACACCCUCAGCAAAAGGAAGACGUUCCCAUACUGGUAGUGUCGGACAUUCGAGGUCAUCCUCUACUUCCAGAGAUACUCUCAACAUCACUGACAGAGAGACUACAGAAGCCCGUGAAGUCACAAGAAAAACAGCUCCUCGUAAUUCACUAGAAAAUGAAGAAUAUGUUAAAGACAUUGUGGGUUUACUGAAUGCAAAAGACUUCCGUGACCGAAUAAAUGGCAUUAAGCAGCUGUUAGCAGACGCAGAGAACAAUCAAGGCUUUGUUGUUGCAAACAUUGUGAAGAUCUUUGAUGCUUUCAAGUCCCGCUUACAUGACUCAAACAGUAAAGUGAAUCAGGUGGCUUUGGAGGCAAUGCACAAGAUGAUUCCGUUGCUGAGAGACAACUUGUCACCUGUGAUCAACAUGUUAAUUCCUGCCAUGGUAGACAACAACCUGAACUCCAAAAAUCCAGGGAUUUAUGCAGCUGCCACAAAUGUUAUUCAGUCUCUCUGUCAACAUUUAGACAACUCUUUGCUUCUCCAGCCAUUCUGCACAAAAGCCCAGUUUCUGAAUGGAAAAGCAAAACAAGACGUGACAGAAAAGCUUGCUG